CUGUAUGGUAACAGAAAAAGCACUAAGCUGAGUGACCACAAGAACUAACUUCUUUUCCAGCUCUGCCACUGACAAGCUAUGUGGUGCUGAGUGAAUCCAUUUCUCCCUGGACUCAUCUUCAUCUGUGAAGUGGGGGUAUGAUAAUCUGUAACCCUGUAGAGUUCUGUACUCCUGUAUCUGGAGUGGGAGAAGUGGUAGGAGGAAAAGACACCAUGCGCCUACAGAGGCGCAGAGCAUGCUUUACGGUGACAUGGUUCUCCGUUGGAGGAAGUUUGCCCCUCAGGAAACACUGGGCAAUGUCUGAAGACAUUUUUCAUUGCCAUACUUGGUGGUGCUACUGGCAUCUAAUGCAUAGGACAGCCCUCCACAACAAGGAAUUAUCUUGCCCCAAAUGUAAGUAAUGCCAUUGUUGAGAAACCCCGCUUUAAGGGGGACAGCCUCCGUCUUUUGCUCCUCCCUUUGGUAAUCUUUGCAAUACCAGGUAACUUCGUAUUUAGUUCCUUUUCUAAUGAUCCUUGCUGUUGAAGAAAUAAGAAUCUAAUUUGCUAGAUUGUGCUAAAGUUAUUGGUUCAUCUUCAGAUAAACGUUGGUAACUUUAUUACCUAGUGUAUCAUUAGAAUUGAAAAGCAGAACUACUAGGAGUAUAUAUACACACUAUCUAAUCUAUAUUUUAAUUUGUUAGAGGGAUUUGACCUUAUUCUUAUGGUAGCUAGAUAGACAGUCUAUGUAAGGCAGUUGUCUUCAUGCCUGGUGGUAGAACUUAAAAUUCACAGGGCAGACAGUUGGGAAGGGAAGAUGGAGAUAAAGUGAUGGAGAGCAGGGACAAGCUAGAACCAUGAAAAUAGACUAGGACCCAUCUCUCUUCUCACUGCCUCCAACCUUGGAGUGGGUAUCCUGAACGAGAAGCUGGUGGCCUUUGUCAUGAAGGUGAAAAACACCUCGCCCAGGAAUAAGCAGCUGAAGGAGGAUCCAGAAAAAGGUUUAGCAGUUUUAAGUCCAUCUGCUGCCAUACACCAAGGUAGCCAGCAGAUAAGCAACCAUGUGAGUGGACUACGGAAGAGCCUGCCUUUCAGCCUUACAAGCUGAAAUACAAACUGAUUGCGGGUUUCAUUUCCAUCCUUAAGAUUUUGGACAGAAGUAGCUCAUGUGGUUCACUCUAACCCGAAAUAUGGGCAGAAAUUGCUUAAUGUAAAUAGGGUUUCCUUUCGUGGAUAUGAACAAUGAAGAGAAUUCUGGAAAAAAUAGUGGUCCUAGCCACAUUGACAUUACAAAGCUACAAAUGAAUCCCUAUUUUUGAGAAUGUAUAAGUAAAAACAGGCCUAGAAAUUAUAUCUGUUCUGUUGAACAUACGCUGCGCUACACUGCUGUGGGAGGUUUUAAGCUUCACUUUCUGUUGAAGUUAGAAAGAUCACUUGCAACAUUAGAUUGCCCUAUCCACUGUUUUUGAUGUAAGGAAGUGUUUUCUUAAAUUUAAUAACUAUCAUGUUCCUUACUUCAGGUGCCAGGGAGUUGGCUUUUAAUGAGAUUGGGAGUGUGAUGGUUCCCUGGAACCAUCAAGCUUCUUUCUAUGGACUGGGAUUAGAGAGAGAUGGGCAGAAAUUGCUUAAUGUGAAUAGGGUUUCCUUUUGUGGAUACGAACAUGUUUUGGAAUUAGAUAGAGGUAAUUGUACAAUAUUUUGAAUGUACCACUGAAUUAUUCACUUUAAAAUGGCUAAUUUUAUGUUAAUUUCACCUCAAAAAUUUUUGGUUUUAAAUUUAACAAGAGUACUAGAGACUUGAGUGCUUUUAAGUCCUCAUCUCAGUAUCACUAUUGCUAUAAAAUUGAUCUGUGAUUUCUUGAACAAAAGACAGGCUUGCAAAAGUAACUCAAGUAACGCUAAGAUCUAUAUGAUACUCAAGUCUAGGGGGGAAAAACAACUAGAAUCCAGUCUCUUCUGUUGGGGAAAAAAAGAGUCCUAUACUGAUCUGUUUUAGUACUCCUAGAAGUAGUGAAAGGAACUUGGGUCUUCAUGUUCAGGUCAGGAAAACCUGCAGGUGGGGCUGGCCCCUUUAAGACUCGGAGACUGAAGUACUCUGGUAGUUAAGGAGUCAUAAUGACAAACUUUCUUAAGUAAUUCUACUUAGAUAUGUAUUAGUUAUCUGCCUGGACCAGAAGUACUGUGGAGCAGAGUACAUCUCAGUUGGGUUGGAGAUGGUGGCUUGAAAAUGGACAUGCUAGAGAACCUUGAAUCCCUACAGUUUGCUAGUGAGAUUCCAGAGGAAGAUCGUUUCUGGCUGUAUUUGCAGGGUCGUUCUCGGGGACUGAUGAUUGAGGCCUGUGCCCAUGCAACUUUCUUCUGCAAAGUAUUCUAUAAUUUGAGAGAAUUAUUACAAAAGAAUCAAAAUUCCAGCUCUCCCUCAACUAAAUCAGGUGAUGUGGACAUGGAUGACAACAGGAACCUAAAGGUUGGCAUCAUUGGAGGUGGCCGUCUUGGGAAGCAGCUGGCUCGUACACUGCUACAACUUGUCCCCAUCCCUGCUGCAAGUCUGCGGAUCUCCACCCGGAGGCCAGAGGUCCUGGCCGAGUUCCAGAAGCUGGGGGUCCAGUGCUUUUACCAUAAUUCUGAUCUGGUGGGUUGGGCCAACGUGAUAUUCCUCUGCUGCUUGCCAUCUCAGCUGCCUCAUAUCUGCAUAGAAAUUCAAACCAGUCUUGAAAAGGCCUGCAUUGUGUUCAGCUUUGUAGCAGCCAUCCCAAUACCCAGGUUGAAACUAUUAUUGAACCACACCAAUAUCUUGCGACCUCAGUAUCAUUGUGUUGAGGAUUUUGAGAAGAUCUGGGGAGCCAAUAAGGAAAUCACAGCUGCUCUCCAAGAUCCUGUGAUUCUUCGGGCUACCUGCCCCUACAGUCCUGAUGGGGGAAUAAUCCUCAAUAUCAAAUGGCUGGAGGGAUUAAUCUAUGCAGCCCUAAACAUGUGCACAGAAAGCAAUGUGGAUUGCCGACAAGCACUGCAGCUUUUGAAUCAACUAUUUCUUUCUGUUCACUUCAAAGACUGUAUGAAACAUGAAGAAUCCUGCCCAGAAUUUCAGCUACCACAUGUCAUCAGCAAAUCCUAUGUCAAGAACUUGCUUCAUAGAAGGCCUUUUCCUUGGUUUGAUCUGACUGCUGUGCAACUCAGGGAAACUCCCUUUAGCCAGUAUCACUCCACCAAUACUGUUCUCCAAGACCACCUGACCUACCUGUACUAUGAUUCAUUUGGCAUCGCUCCAAAGAAAGAAGAAGAGCUUGUGGAUCUCUUGGACUCUCCAUCCCAAUAAGUGACCUCAGGAAUCAGGAUUUUUUUUUUUUUUCCAUCACAGAUUGCUCUACAAUGGUUAGGCCCUAAUUAUCACAAUUGAUAGGGGAGUUAUGUGACUGCAAUCCCUGUUUGAAAAUUGUACUAGUGGCUCUUUCAAAUGCAAAAUAAAACAAGAGAUCCUACAUAA